AUGGGUCUGCUCAGCGCGGCGCGAGUUCUCGCGGCCGCGGCCGCGCUGGCUCUCUCCGGCUGCUUCUUCUGCUUUCCCCCGCACUCUUUUCAAGUUUGGAAUUUCCUUUUUGCUGCUGCUGAGCCUUCGCAGCCCGGAAACCUCUACGCCACGCUCGGGCUGCAGCGCAGCGCCUCGCCCACCGAAGUCAAGAAAGCCUACAGAAAGCUCUCCAUGAAGUUCCACCCCGACAAAAACAAAAGCCCCGACGCUGAGGCCAAGUUCAGGGAAAUCUCUUACGCCUACGAAGUCCUCAGCAAUGCAGAAAAGCGAAAAGUCUACGACACCCAGGGCCACGCGGGCUUGGAGCGGCUGCAGCAGGGCGCGGGGCAGGACUCGGGCCACCCCUUCGAUGUGUUCUCGGAGUUCUUCGGAGGGUUUGGAGGGUUUGGGGGUUUUGGGGGCCGGGGGGUUCCGCGGGAAACCCCGCAAGCCCCCAGCAGCGUGCUGCAGCUUCCUGCUGCGCUGCAGCAGCUCUACGACGGCGUGCUGCUGCAGUUCAGCUUCUCGCGGCCAGUUCUCUGCAUUAAUGCAGAAGACUGCAUGCAGCAGCAAAAGGACUGCAAGGGCCCCGGAGUUCGCCUCUUUACGCAGCAGAUGGGCCCCGGCUUUAUCGUUCAAAACCAAGUCCAAGACCCUUCCUGCGUGGACCAGGGAAAGGCCUGGAUCCGCGGAUGCAAAGAGUGUCCGAGCGGGGUGACGGAGCUGGAGUCGAUAGAGCUGACAGCAGCAGUGGAAAGGGGAAUGAAGUCUGGAGACAAAAUUGUUUUUGAAGGAAUGGGAGAACACAGAAUAGGCCACGAGCCGGGGGACUUGGUGUUGGUUAUUGAGGAGCUGCCGCACCACCGGUACACCCGGAAGGGCGACGACUUGCACAUGACAUUGCAGAUCGACUUAAAAGAAGCUUUAGUUGGAUUUGAAGUGAAGUUCGAGCACUUGGACAAAAAAGAAAUAAAAGUGCAGCGGGGAGAAGUCACCAGAGACGGAGAAGUCCUCAGAAUCAAGGGAAAAGGAAUGCCAAAAAAACACAAGUCCGAAACUUUCGGAGAUUUGUUCAUUUCCGUCAAAGUCAAAUAUCCCAAACAAAUAAAUGCCAAACAAAAAGAACUCAUUCGGCAGGCCUUCCACGGGAUGCCUCCUGCGGCUUUCAGCUGA